AUGCCCUCCUCAAGGAGGGGUGGCUUAUACGAGCACGCCAUCGAACCCCUUUUGGCGACAUUCAACCUCAACCGCCGCACCCCCCUCCUGCUUCUUUCGCUCUUUUGCACCUUCGCCCUGUUCGCAUGGUACAGAUCGGCCCAUGAUGGAUCAGUACCGCUUUUGCACAGCGACUACGGCGCGUACGGGCGCAAGAGGGGGUUUGACGGAACAUGGGACUACCGCAGGGACGCCGAGAACUUGAUGCUGGACGCGCAGCAAUGCGACCAGGCCUUUCCCGGGCUGUUCGAGGAGGUCGAGAGGCCCGUCAACGAGAGGAUGCAUAAUCCAAUCACCAUUGAAGAGAUCGAUGCGAUGCCAAUGCAGAAUGGUUAUGUCCGCGCCAUGAUCUAUAAUCAACAGCUCUAUAUUAUUGCGAAAGCAGGAGGCAUCUACUCGCGCGAGAUUGCCACCCUUCAUGCCUUAUACCGCGCCAUUCUCACGUCCCCGGAGCCCCUACCCAACAUCGAGUUCGCAUUCAACACCGACGAUCGGAUACCCUCCGUCCCCUUGUGGGGCUACGCUCGCCGCGCAGAAGACACACACAUCUGGCUCAUUCCGGACUUUGGAUACUGGUCCUGGCCCGAGACGAAAGUGGGCUCGAUGCGCGAAGUGCAGAUGAAGGCCGCCCUGACGGAGGAAGUCGAGGGAUGGCGCUGGGGCAGGAAAGCCGGCAAACUUCUUUGGCGCGGCGCAACCAUGGGGCUGGAACUUCGCGAAAGAUUCAUUCAGAUGACGGCCGACAAACCCUGGGCGGAUGUCAAGGCGCUGAACUGGCACGACACCGAGUCCAUGACCCACGACCUCAAGUCUAUGGCCGAGCACUGCCAGUACAAGUACCUCGCGCACACCGAGGGCAACUCGUACUCUGGACGUCUGAAGUACCUCCAGGCGUGCAAAUCCGUCGUGGUCGCGCACAAGAUGGACUGGAUCCAACAUCACCACCCGCUCAUGCGGUCCAGUGGGCCGCAGCAGAACUAUCUCGAGGUCGAGCGCAGCUUCGAGGACCUGGAGAAGAAGAUAUCCUGGCUGCAGAACCACGACAAGGAAGCGGAGCGCAUCGCGGCCAACAGCGUCAAGACGUUCCGCGAGCAGUAUCUCACCCCGGCGGCCGAGGUCUGCUAUUGGCGCAAGGUCAUCCAUGGCUGGGCCCAGGUGAGUUUUGAGCCCGAGUUCUUCAAAGUCGUCAACGGCUCCUCGGUCUGGAGGGGUUUGCCCGUCGAGUCGUAUCUGUUGGAGCGCAGGUUGGAGUGGGAUCCCUAUUAG